AUGCCGCCUAAGCGCAAGCAAACCGUUCCGGCCAAUGAGCCGACAGGUACUACUACUACCACUACUGCAAACUCCAAUCCUACCAAUCCUCGCAGGAGGCGUAACCAACCUUUACCGGAGCAAGAGCUUCCAUCUCGAAGAUCGCACAGAUCACGAGGAACAGUCGCAGCUACCGAAGCUGUCGCAUCCAAUGUUCUAGAGCAGCAGCAACAACAACAACACACAGCUCCUGUUGCUAGAACCCGCCGAGGCAGAGCUGCUGCUGCCGCCGCCGUCACCGAACAACAACAACCCGAAUCAGUUGUUGAAGAAGCCCCACUUCCAACCAAGACUAGGAGUACUAGGGCAACGAGAUCUACGAGAGCCAAAGCUAAGGCUAACAACGAAGACGAAGUCACUGAGGGAGCAACCCAAGCUGUUGAACAGACGCAACCACCUGCCGAGAAGGUGAAGAAGCAGACCAGGAAGACGAAGGUCCCCGUCCCACCUUCAUCACGAGCGAUGAGAAGCAGAAGUAAUAGUGUCACUUCGACUCAGUCGCAAGAGAACGAAGUUGGUGAGGAACCAAACAAAGUUGAAGAAGAGCAGCAUUCCGUGGAGGACGAGGAGAAACAGGCGAGGAAGAAGAAGGCACCUGUCCCGCCUUCGACUCGAGCGACUAGGAGUAGAAGUAAUAGUAUUACUUCUAUCCAGUCAGAAGAGUCUGAGGGUGGGCCAGGUGCUGAGAAAGAGGAGGAUAACACCGUCGAGCCGGCUCCAGCAAAGCAGGGGGACAGGAAGAGUAUGGCCGCGAAGGGGGGGAGGAAGACGAAGGUCGCCGCCCCCAAAGACGCCGGGCCAACCACCGAAGCCCCCAUCGAAGCUUCGAAGAGGCCAACCCGGUCUGCCAAGAGGGCGGCCGGGCCCUCGACCGAAGUGGCUGAGGACCAGCCACAAACAAAGCGCCAGAGGGUCCAGGGCGGCCAGGAGACCACCCAGGCGCCAAGGCGGCGACGAGGUCGUGCGCCGAGGGCCGAGGUGGACCCUCCUACUGCCACACCACCACCACCACCAACAUCAUUAUCACCACCACCACCACCACCAACAUCACUAUCACCUCCACCAGCAUCGGCGCCACCAUCGCCACCUCAAGCAGAGGUCGGGCCGGGGGCACUAGUUGCCCCGGAACGGACUGGCGACGACACCGAAGCCAGCGAGCAGCUCUGCCAAGAGCAGGGCUGCUGCGCUGCCGGUGAAGUUGUAGAGGCUCCAGAGGAGCCAGAAGCCGUUGAGGAGAAGGAGGGGGAGGGGGAGAAGAAAAAUGGGGAGGAAGAGGGGGAGAAGGAGGAAGAAGAAGAAGAGGAGAAGAAGGAGGAGGAGGCAGAAGAAGAAGAAGAAAAGAAAGAAGAGGGAGGGGAGGAAAAGGAGGGAGAAGAUAAAGGGGAGGAAAAGGAGGAGAAGGAGGAAGGGGGGGUGGGUGAGCAGGGGGUGCAGUAUGCUCGCCCAGGGGAUGAGGAGCUUAGCUUGACGGGGUCGGAGAGGGAGUUGUUGAAGGGGGGUUGGGGUGGUGAGCGGGGGCCUGGCCAGGUGGAGUUUGGCCAGGAAGGGGACACAGCCCUGAGCAUCACGCAAAGCGAAUGGGCAGAGUUGGAGGAGGGCGGAGAGGAAAAGGAUGAGGAAGAGGAGGAUGUGGAGAUGGGGGGUAUGGAGGAGGAGGGGGAGGGUGUGGAGUCCCUAGGGGAGGGGGAUGCAGCCGAUGGUGCUUGGCCCGGUCCUGCCAAUCCGUCGGCACUCGCGCCCUUGUCGCAGGCGGCCAUUAAUGCUGGCCACCCUGCCCAAGCUGGCGCAGGCCCGGAGGAAGCAGGAUCUGCGGCCUCGCCCAUCGCGCCGCAGACUCCGACUCGGUCCGCGUGGGGGCAGUGGGGGCACCUCAGGCACCAGCCCAGGCUCAGUUCCCCGCUAAAAUCGUAUUGUAUCACCGCCCAGUACUCGCCGCCAAAGGACGAUACGCCUCUGAGGGGGAGGCUAAUUUCGGAGAAUGGGAUAAUCUCGCUCAGCGGGGACCCUUCACCCCUCCGGGGUGAGGAGCUCUUAGGAAGAGACUUUAAUACCCCGGUAGGGUCCCCAAGCCAGCUAUCGCCCAGGACGCGUUCGACCCCGGGCCCGAGGAGGCGUGGCCGCAGCAGGUCGGUUUGCGGGAGCUCCCCGCUUAAGAAUGCGGUGGAUUUUGCACUCGAUGCCAGCAACGAGGGUGGGCCUAAGAUAGCCAGCCCUCUUGCUCGCUUGGCUUCAGAUUACGACCCGACACAGGAGAUAUCCGAGUUGAGGAUAGAGGAGGUCCUUAUGACUCCAACCGCCGAGGAACCAGUUGGCACCAUCUUGGACGAUGUGCUGGAUGAGCAGUUGCUCGAAGAGAGCACUGCAAUCAGCUCUGAUGAUAGUAAUGAUGACGCCAUGGCUGCUCCAACUGAAGAAUCAUACCAAGAAUUUAACGGCGCCGACUCCCCUUCGGAAAGACCAAAGCGACGGUCUCGACUUCCCGUUCCAACGUCUAUAGAAAACCUACCAAGCUCACCGACUAGCGCUCGACAGAAGCGGGUUUCCCACACAAAGAGUCUAUCUGACCGAGAACUUUUGAAGGUUACUGCUCGAAAUACGACAAGGAAUGCAGUUUAUAAAAAUGCGAAGUUUGAGCGAAAAAUUGUUCGGAUUACUCGACAGCGACCGCCGUCACCAACCCGGGACACGCAAAGCGCUGUUGCAGAAGAAGCCCGCCAACUGAGACAACGAGUAUUUGAGGAAACCGGAGUCGCCCUAGGGCCUGGUGAUGAAUCUGAUUAUGUUCCACCUCAAGUUUCGCCUUCUGCCAAGAAAGUUAAGUGGCAUGAACUCUUGGAGUACGAUUUGGAUGAUGAGGAAAGGGCGGUCUUUCAAACUGAUAAGGGAAUAUUGGCUCCUGAGCGUGUUCGCCGGGACUCUAGUACUAUCCACGAGAUCACCAUUCAAAAAAUUCUGUAUGAGGGCGAGAAGGACGUCCUUGAUGAGGACUUUGAAGAAGGGUUCUAG